GCAACCCACGCCCCUCCCAUGAGCUCAGAAAAGCAGCGCUCUCUCUCUCUCUCUCCAAUCUCAGUUGCCUUCGAAGUUCUUCACCAGUUAGAGAGAUUUCCAAGACGCAACUCUCUCUCUCUGUCACGUUUUUGUGGCUGUGGAUUCUGUACAAUGAGAACCUCUUCGAUCAGAGCAACAUUCAAAUGAGCUUCAAAGCGCCGAGAUCUCCUUUGACUUCAUCAACAUCUGCAGAUUGCGGUUGGCGGGGAUCUCGCCGCAUAUAUUUUAUUCCUUCGAGUUUUGGGGCGGUAUUUAUGAGCUUAUUCUCGGCAAUCGGCGCAAAAUAGAAGUUAUGCUGGAUGGUUUUCAUGUUGGGAGGUGCUGACCUAGUUCGUGAUUCAUUCAUUAUUGUGAUAUUCGAUAGAUUAUAUGUUCUUCAUCAAUGCUGAUUGGUAUUGGAAGGUGGUUCUCAUGGCGUUAGGGUUUUCUUUAUCACAGUAUGGAAACUUGUUGUACUGUUAUUCAGGAGCUGUAGCGUUUUAAAUAGGAAAAUGGCAUCGUUUAGAAGAAGCACUUCGAUUGUGCAUCGAGAUGGAUCCACACCCAUACCCAGCAAUGAAGAAACCUUCGAUACUUCUCCUUCACCAAAGCCUUCUCAUACAAGAACCUACUUGGUCUUGGGAAGACUACUGAGUUCAUUGCUAAGCUCCAUGGAUUUUCUUACAGAAUCUGAUAGAGUUAUAACUGCUGUUCACAAUGUCUUCUUCCAGAGAUCCUCUCGUCCCAUGGAAAGAUCGAAAACCAAAGGUUUAUUCUUAAAAGGGUCGGUUUUCAGGUUUUUUAUCUGUUUUGUUUUAGGGAUUUUUAUUGGUUUCACCCCAAUCCCCAUGGUUGACAUAUCCAAGAAUAGCUUCUCUAAGCACCGGGCCUUCUCCUUCCACGAGGAGCCGGUGAUCCAAAAUCUUCAGAAGGAGAUGAAUUCAGAGGGCAAUGAUAUCUUAACCACUCAGAAAAAUUUCCUGAAAGAAGUGAGUAAUGCAGAGGCUUCGAUCAAAUUGGAGAUGACGAGCAAUAGUUUGAAUGCCUCACCAAGUCUAACUUCGUCUCAUGAUUUUGCAUUGUUUUCUCGUAAGCUUUUGAUAAUCAUAACUACGACAUUUGCUCGGCCAUUUCAGUCAUUUUAUCUAAACCGUUUGGCGCACACAUUGAGAAAUGUGAAGCAUCCUCUUCUAUGGAUUGUUGUGGAAAAACCCUCGCAAUCUCCUGAAAUUACGAAAGUAUUGAGGGAUACGGGAGUUAUGUACAGACAUCUUGUUUGUGACCAGAAUUCGACUGGUAUGAAAGAUGAAAGCAUACAGCAAAGAAAUGUUGCACUUUUACAUAUUGAAAAGCAUCAGCUUGAUGGUAUUGUGCUUUUUGCUGAUGAUGAUAAAAUAUAUUCAGUUGAGCUCUUUGAUGAAAUGCAGAAAAUCAGGCGUUUUGGCACUUGGCCAGUUGCAGUGCUUGCUGAGGACAAGAAAAAGGUUUUGCUAGAAGGUCCUAUUUGUAAUGGCAGUCGAGUUAUCGGAUGGCAGACUGAUCGAAAUAAGUUAUCUCGUAGAUUCCACGUCGAAAUGUCUGGAUUUGCUUUUAACAGCACCAUUCUCUGGGAUCCAAAAAAAUGGCACCGACCCAACAUCGACCUUAUCAGAUACCAGGACUCUAUCAGAGAGGGUUUCAAGGAAAGCAAAUUUGUGGAGCAAUUAGUCGAAGAUGAAAGCCAAAUGGAAGGCUUGGCAGAAAAUUGUUCCAAAGUUCUGGUCUGGAAUGUACAUUUUGAGGCCAAUGAACUUCUAUAUCCUAAUGGCUGGUUGGUUCCAAGAAAUCUGGAAGCACUGAUUCCCCUAAAACUGUAGAAGAUAAGCUAAAUCUCAAUCUCUCAAAGCUCCCCUUAAGCUUCUGGUAGGUAUAUAAUAUAGCGAAAAAUGUCAUGUUGGUCCCUGACUCUUUGUAGUACGUCAUUUUAGUCUCAGAGUUUAUAAAAACCAUCAUUUUAGCCCAUAUUAAAAGAGUCUGGGGACUAAUUUGACAUUUUAAUGUCCCCACAUGAAAUAGUCGGGGGAUUAUUUUGACACUUUACUCCAUAAAUCUAUAAUGAUGUGAUUUAUUAUAUUUAAAUUAUUGAGUGGGGGAGAUCAUAUUAUCAUAUUUUUAUAUGGUUAUGUUCUUGGUUCUCCCAAUGUUGUAUUUCAGGGUUCCCAAUUCUGUCUCUUUUCAGGAAUAGGCUUUAUGAAUCCUUUGUAUCACAGUUCAAGCUCUGUUGAAUUCACCCAAUUCUUCUUCGACAUUUUUUUUUUUAAAUUUUUGGUGUUAUUGAAGAACAUGUAUAGUUUAUACUCUAAUUCUUUGUA